UGUGUGGUUUGAGCCUGGAGGAGAGUGUGCCUGGUGUGUGUGUGUGUGUGUGUGUGUGUGUGUGUGUGGUUUGAGCCCACACAGAGCCCUGUGCUGAGACACUGCAUUCCUGGCUGGGCUGGCUUCCUGCUCCAGAUACAUUCCUGCCCCAGAGUCACCACAGAGACUGCCUGGAAUCUGGCCCCACAUUCUCGAAAUUCAGGACAAGAUCUGGCAAAGGUUCCCUCCCUUUACUUCCCUAUCCUCUGACUCAGGAGGGGGAAAGCCCCCUGACAGCCAGCCCUCCCUCCGUACCCCCCAACCUCUGCCUCCUCCCCUGGGAAGCAUGGUGCACAAUAUACUGGGCUGUUGGACUUGUACUGUCCCCAGGCCCAGGCUUCUCUGUUUUGUACCUGGGAAAGAGCCAUGGGGGUGGUUUCCAGGAGGACAGGGCCACAGCGGGCAACCCAGAGAACUCAGAUAGCAGGGAAGGGCCUGGCCUGAAAAUCAAGGUGUCAAGAGUAAAUUUGGGCAGCCAUUGUUCCCAGGGGAGUUGUGGGGGGAGGGGUGGGAGUGGUGGUGAGGGCUUCGCUGCAGGCCUGUUUCCCCAUGUCAUAGAGUUAGAAUCAUGUAGUUUUUGAUUCCUGACCGAUCCUGCGGGGGCUGUUGGAGGAAGGGUAGGAGGAAGCAGAGGGUGAGCAGACUGUCUUCUCCCUCCCAGAUAAUUACCACUUGAGACUAGAGCCUCCAGCUCCAGCCUGCCCCUCUCCCUACUCCAGGAGGCUCAGGUGCAAGCUUGCACGUCCGCCAGCUCCCUUAUCUCCCUCCAGGGAAUUUGGGUCCUGCUGGGAUUUUUCCAGCCCCGGUGACCUUUCUCAGGAGAUUGAGGUUUCCUUAGAGGCCACCACCCCAUCUGGUCUCCAGGCUGUCUUAGCUUUCGCGGCUGCCUGCGGUGGUGGUUCCAGGGACUCAAAGUGGGUGAGGCUGAGGACUGGUGAGCCUUUACACUCCCAGACCUCGGGGCUGCCCUUCGGUCCCCCGGUUUCACUUUACCGGAUCCUGAACCACACCCUCGCCCCUGCCGGAUUCUGCUCUAGCCCAGGAUCCAAGGCGCCCUGCAGUUGUUGGAAAGGAUUUCUGUGCCGAGAAUCCCUUCCACCUUUGAUCGCGCCAGGUCUCAGAGUGGCUGAGUGACUUUCCCGAAGGCACACAGCUGGGCCCGCGCGGACGCGGACGUCCUGGCCGGCGAUCUUUCCACCGCCUGCACGUGCUGAUCCAUUUCCUUCCGCGCUCGCGUCCGGUUGCCGCCCCCCGCCUCUCCCAGCUUCAUUUCGGCCGCAGGAAGACAGACUCGGCUUGGGAACCGUAGGCAGGGUGAUCCCACGGCACGGGCGAGACUGCGUCCCCAGCCAGGGUCCCCGCUCUUCGGCUAGGCCGGCUGGGCAAGGGAGCCAGUGGCCCGCCUCCUACCCCUGCCCCCUGACCCCGGCCCCUGUCCCCGCCGACUAUGCUGGGGGGCCCAGGCCCCGCCCUCGCGGCCCUUCUAGUCGCGUUCGCACACCUGCGCACCCCUCCCCGCCCCGUCCCUCCCCAAUGCGGGUUGGGAGUGUCCCGGGGCCGCGCCCUGCCGGGUCCGGACGCGCAAGCCUAGCCGCCCGCCCGACAGCGGCUCCGCGACGGCGGCAGUAAUAGCUCGGUCCUACUGCAGCAGCCACGGCCCGGGCGCCGCAUUGGGGCCGGAUUGGGGCCAUGCUGGGCCGGCGGCGCGUCUUCGCCGUGGAGCCGCUGGGCGGCCAGGAUGGGGCUGGUGAGGACCUGGCACAUGGUUGUGUAGUGCCUGGAGUCAUCAGCACCUACAGGCAGAUCCCAGAUGUGGCUCCAGUUUGCUCAUCAGACUCCUGGAAGAGGCAAGACCAGCUGAGAGGUCCCCAGGGGCAGGUGCCGCUUCUCAAACUGGGCUCCCAGGACUCAGGAGUGGAGAUGGCGGUUGGGGACAGCUCCCCGGCCACCUCACCCAGCUUUUCUCAAGACUCUCUGAACUUUGAGCCCCUGGAGAGCGCUGAGUCCCUAGCCCUUGGUGCCCUGGAGCCUCCUGCCCACCUAAGCCGGCUUCUAGCCAGCCGUAAGCUGGAGCAGGUGCUGGAGCGCUCCCACCAGCUCUCAGUUCCCCCUACCAGCUUGUCACAACACUGCCACUCCCCAAAGUUGUUGCCUAAGUGUGAAAUGCCCCAUUCUGAAGCAAGGGGACCGGAGGCCACUGAGGCAGAGAGUGAUUUGGAGGAUGGCCUGGAACAAGCAGAAGUGGUGGAGGACUUGGGGCCUGAAGCCUGCUCCGGCCUUCUAGGGCAGGGUCUUCGCUAUCUGGAACACCUGUGCGCGGUGCUGGAGCAGGUGGCAAAUCUACAGCAGCUCUGUCUGCAGCUGCAGACUCAGAGGGGCCCUGCGGAUCCUGAAGAGGAGGAGGAGACAACCCUGGCGCCUUCACCUCUGCCUUCUUAUGCCCCAGGCAAUGAGGUGCGCGGACCGUGGGAAUGGCUCAGCCAGACAGAGGAGACAGGAGCAAAAACAGCUUCACCCCCAAAGGUAGGGGCGCCCAGUGCCAGCCCUCCCAGGCUGUCAGAGGCCCUGACAGAGCCAGCUCACACCUCAUCCUCCCAGGAACACAAGGGGGAUCGCUCCCACUGGAACAAAGUCAAGGUCCUGCUCAACCGGAUCAGGUGGGGCAGCCCUCGACCUGCUGAACUUGCCACCUCUGCCGAUGGUCCUGUCCCCAGGAUUGCAUCAAGGAACCUCCCUGAAAAGCCUCUGGGCCAUCCCCUCCAGAAGACCUUUAUGCCAUCAUUAGUGGUUAAGAAGAAACAAGACAAAAACCUCUCUGUACACUGAGACCUCCUGGUGCAGGGAUGUGACCCCGGUGGGGCGAGUGCAGUGAAGUCUCCUCGCCGUCUGCCCUGAUGCUGCUUCUGGGCACUGCCAGAAAAAGCUGUGGAUGCUCUGUCUUCUCUCUGAACUUCUCUCUGAACUCAGGCAAGGGCUGAGUCCUUCUCUUCUGAGCGGCCAAGGAGCCCUGGGUCCUUGAGAGGCCCCAAAGUGCAGCAGCUCUGGGGCUCCUCCUUGGUUGCCAAAAAUCCCUGGGCUUAGGCAAUGUGAACCUCACUGAUUCAUGGGGCAUCCAUGGGGCGUGUCAGGCACAGUGAUCUAUCGGCACCCAGUGUGUCGCUGGGGACUGUGGGACUGUCAGUGUGGUGAACUGACUGGAUCCAGCCGUCUCUCUGGAAUCAUGCCCUCAUGGUGAGGUAACCGCAGGAUGAUGGACAUGACUUUCACUCCUGAGUGGACAGUUACUGAUCUGGAGUCCUGUCUUCUUCCUCAUACUCAAGUGGGCAGCCCUAGAACAGAGAAGGGCACUCUUUUGGCUGCCUCUGCCUUUAAUCUUGCCUGAAGACUGCACCAGGGAUGGGAGGGUCAAGUACAACACAGGGAACAGCAGAGUAAUCUUCAAG